AAACGAAGAAGACCAGUCAGGAGCUGCUGAGGUUAAUGUUUCUACUUACACAAUGACAAACGAGCGAUAAAAUAGUCUCGUAAAAGCUCAUUAGCAGGUAUUGGACAGCAGGUAACGUUAAAGCAUACCGUGACCGUCAUAUCCGAUCAUGAGUGUCCCGUGUUUUCUGAAAACUUUUAUCAGAAGUUUCACCGGUGUAUCGGCAGUGUUCAGACCAGCGGUAUUAUGUUCAUGUAAAGGGAUCGAAACACGGAAAAUGUCGUCAAAGAGACAGACUGACCAUCUAGAGAGAACUGCUAGUGUUUACAGACAAAUGGAACUUUUCUCUGCACGUGUUUGUGACAUUGUGAAUGAAUCGGAUACAGUAAAGAGAUUGAGAUUAGAGGUGCCACAUCCUGACUUUAAAUUCCGUGCUGGACAAUGGGUGGAUUUCUUCAUCCCAGGUGUAGAUACGGUAGGCGGCUUCUCCAUUUGCUCCAGUCCCGGCCUGCUACAGAGAGAGGGAAUUAUCGAGCUUGCUGUUAAAUACACACGCCACCCUCCAGCACACUGGAUUCAUACACAAUGCUCGGUGGACUCUGAAGUAGCUGUGAGAGUUGGAGGUAAUUUCUGCUUUGACCCUCAACCCUCUGAUCCCGUGCUUGACCUGCUGCUGGUAGCCGGUGGUGUUGGAAUCAACCCUCUGUACUCCAUCCUGCUGCACACAGCUGAUCUGCUCCGACACUCUUCUCCCGGUCAUGCGUACAGACCCGGUCGCACACAUCUUUGCUAUAGUGCUAAAAACACGAAGGAUCUUCUUUUUAAGAACACCAUCGUUGACAUCUGUCACGAGCUCUCGGAGAAGAUCUCCUGCAACUUUCACGAAACUCAGCAAAGCUCUGAUAUAGAGCAGGAAAUUCAACCUUACACCAUCAGUGGAAGGAUAUCAGAAGAGGUGCUACGGCCUCACGUAGACCCCAAACGUACGAUGUGUUAUCUUUGUGGUCCUCCUCCCAUGAUAGAGAAAGUGAGUGCAGACCUGCAGAGGCUCGGGCUAUCGGAGGACAAAAUCCUUUUCGAGAAAUGGUGGUAACCCCACCCCUUCAUUGCCUCAAACUCGGACGGAUGGCUGCAUUUGUGCAUUAUGGAAACCGAAUGUAAUGGUAAUGGAGCAGUAAUGCAUUUGAGUUCAAUUGGAACGCACAACAGACGUUUUGUCUGCAUUCUCCAGGACUUUAUUACUCUACCGAUUUCCAUAUUUUCGUAUUUAACCAUUCAUUCUCUAGACUGCAUUCCUGAAUGAAGAUGGGCUGUACGUUAGGUUUAAACUUUCUGAUGUGAGGUUACUUGAACUGUUUCUGUUUUACAUCAUUGUAAUAAUGGACUCCACAAAUUGACCGUAACCAGUGCUGAAAUGCUCUACAUUAUAGUUCAUUUGCUGGUUAACUCUCCAUAGGAGUCUAGGAGUAUUGCACACGUAGAUUGCACUAGGUUUUUAGAGAUCUAUGUACAAUUGUAUAUGUUGUUUGCAAUGAAAUUUUAAUAUACAUAUUUAUUAUACAUUUUAAUAUUCAAAACUGUGUAGUGAGAUCAUUUUGGGCCUUAAAGUGAUAGUUCACCCAAAAAUGAAAAUUCUUUCAGCAUUUACUCACCCUUUUGUAAUUUCAUACAUGUGUGACUUUCUUUCUUCUGCAGAACACAGAAGAUAUUUUGAAGAAUGUUGGUAAUGCGCCGGCACCCAUUAACUUCUAUUGUAUGGACACAAAACCAAUACAUGUCAAUGGUUGCCGUUUAACAACAUUCUUUUUGUGUUCUGUGGAAGAAAGAAAGUCAUACAGGUUUGAAAUGACAAGAGGGUGUGUAAAUGAUGACAGAAUUUUCAUUUUUGGGUGAACUAUCACUUUAAGGUACUUAUCAUAUACGUAAAGAGAACUGCAAGCUGUUGAUGUUAAGUCAUGUGCCUUUAAUUGUCAUCAGAAAGCCAUUAUUUGUCAUUUCUAUUUACACCAUAAACACAGACCUUCACUAUAACUGUUACUUCACAAAGUCAGAUUUCAAUACAGCGGUUUAAACUGUGCAUUACAAUAAAAAAGCUCAUGGAUAUUGUUGGUAAUAAAUUGGACUGAUGAAAACAAAAUAUACUG